AUGUUUUUUAUCUUUUCUAUCCUCACCAUAUCAGCAAAUGAGACUCUAUGUGGAAAUCAGACACUUCCAAGCGGCUAUGUAUGCUGUGAUGAUGAAGCAUGUCCAUAUCAAUGCUAUAAAUUGCAAGAAUAUAACCAUGGAGGAAGUAAAGAGGUUUGCUUAUCUCAUUCACAAGAAACGUUCUGUAGACACUCCGAAUACGGUCUUUUUAUAUCAGCAGGUAUUGCAAUUCUUCCGAAUAUUAUUUUCGUUAUUAUUUCAUUAAUAUUUUCACCACAUACACACUGCAUGACAAUAUUUUACUCGUUAUUUGCAAACAUAGCAUGGUCUUCUUUUACUUUAGGUCUUGUUUGUCGUUCAUUUGUUCCUCCAUGGUACUUAAACUGGAUUCUUCCAUUUGCCAUCGGUCUCUGCUGCAUAUUUACGAUAAUACCUGUAUUUGGGUGUGAUAUAUGUGGCAAUAAAGCCGGUUGUAUAAAAGAUCGUGAAUUUUUAAAGCAAAAACAAAUGCUUCAAGAAAUGACAGGCAAGAAACCAGAUGCAGAAUGUUGCGGUCUUUGUGGAACCGAGGCAUGCUCAGUCACUUACGUUCUUCAUCAUAUUUCAUAUCCAAAAGUUUCAUCAGAAGAACUUCGCUUAAUGCAUCGAGAAAAUAUGUGUCUUCCACCAACACCGCAUAUGUACGCUAUUUCGUUCUCUUAUUUCGAUAAACCUCAAACUUACGCAAAUUCAACCAUAGGUAUACAGUAUGGCUCAUGGCAAGAGAAUGGUGAACGCAUUGAAAUACCAGCAAAAGGCAUUGUCGUGUAUGAUGCAAAUGGAGAAUACGAAUAUGAUGAAAAUAUGGAUCAAAAAUUAGAUUCUGCCAAAGUUGCUUCUUUCCAAAAGAUGUUUAUAUACGAAGGAUGCUUCAAAGUAGCAUUUGCUGAGACAAUUGCUUCUGGUUUAACUACAAAAGCUGUUGUUGUCGAAGAUUCUUCUUUCGGCCAAUUUUGUACAUCAACGGCUGGUAAAGUUUUGUGGUGGACUACGUUUGUAUUCGGCUAUUCGUUCAUUUUCGACACAAUUUGGCAGAUUAAUUCGACUCGUAUCAGUUUCCACUCGAGAAAGCACAUAUAUGCUGAUAAGAGUGGUAAAGUCGAAUACGGAGAACGAGAUAUCAUAUAG